AUGGCAGUUGGAGGCGAUAAUCCCUUUCUGCCCCCCGAGAUGAUCAUAGAGAUUCUCAAAAGGCUUCCUGUUAAAUCCCUCAUUCGAUUUCAAUCUGUGUGUAAAUAUUGGAAGAAUCUCUUCAAAACCCCGUAUUUCAUCGCGAAGCACUACCACUACUUUGCUCACCAAAACCCUCUUCUUAUCUUCCAUGCAUUCGGCUGCAACCAUAGAUUUGCACCCUUAUCUUUGCUUCGUUAUAAGAUGGACAAUCUGGAAGUUCAGAGAAUGCCCGCGAUGGAUUCCUUAACGCUUGUUUGUGGCAUCAUUGGUUCCUGCAAUGGCUUGCUUUGUGUGCUACUCGAUUAUAACGAGUAUGGGUCUCCUCCUUCGCUUUUGUUGUUGAACCCAGUGACUAGAGAGACAAGAAAAGUACCCAGAACAACACAUGAUGAUGGCAGCUAUGGCGUUUUUGGAUGGGGAUUUGGGUUCAGUCCUGUAGAUAAGGAUUACAGGAUAGUGAGAAUUCAUAAUGCUAAGUUUUAUAUUUAUAAUAUUCAAAUCAAGUUUGACAAUUUCUAUGUUGGUGGAGUGGAGGUGUAUUCAUUAAGAACUGGGUCAUGGAAAGAAGUAGAAUUUGGGGUUAUAAAGAGCGUAAGACUUCAAUCAAAACUUGUCACUGCUAAUGGUCUAUUUUUUGGUUGGGAUUGGAGGGUGGAGAUCAUCGCCCUAAGAUAG